UUGUUCCUAAUUGCCCGGAAGAUAUGCCGUUUUGGUUAGUGCACAGGUUAAGGAACGUAACCUGCACCUCGUUUGUACUGUUCCUUUCCUUCCCCCUUUCCUCCCCAGUCGUCGUCAUCAGAUAGAUAACACAUUCCCUUCUUAAUAAUAAGGAAUUAAGGAUUGUAUGAGAGGAGUAGGGAUCGUACACUUCGGGUUGAAUCAGCCAUGGAGGGUCUUCCCUCUGGUUAUCGUCCUAACGUUGGAAUCUGUCUCAUCAACUCUGAAAACCAGGUAUUUGUGGCUUCAAGAUUGAAUGUUCCUGGAGCAUGGCAGAUGCCUCAGGGUGCUAUUGAAGAUGGUGAAGAACCGAGGUCUGCAGCUAUUAGACAACUACAAGAAGAAACUGGAAUAGUGUCAGCUGAAAUCGUUGCAGAGGUUCCUCAUUGGUUGACAUAUGACUUCCCUCCUGCUGUAAAGGUCAAAGUUAAUCGCUUGUGGGGAGGUGAAUGGCAUGGGCAAGCAACAAAAUGGUUUCUCAUGAAAUUAUCUAGAGAUGACAGUGAGGUCAACUUAGAAAGUGGUGAGGCAGACACUGAGUUCUCAGAGUGGAGAUGGGCAAGUCCCGAAGAAGUGAUUGAGCAGGGAGAAAUUAGUGCAGGCAGUGGACUAUAAGAGAACAAAUUAUGAGGAAGUUUUGGGAACCUUCAUGCCUUGAUUCAGUGUAAAAGAGACAUCAGGAACAACAUAGAUUCAGGACAUGUGCAGGUGAAGGGUGAAGUUUUUUGUUCUGUUGGUGGUUUAACUUGCUUGAUAAAAUUUGGAGUGGAAUCGCAUGUUUGUUGUAAAUGUCAUAGCAUUACAACCUUCAAACUUUAAAUGUUUAUUUAGUAGAUCUUACUUCAUGUACUGCUAACCCACUGGAUGAACUCAAAGAAUAUCAGUCAGUGCUUACUAAUA